CCACCACAUCCAAUCAUAAAUCCCCUUCUCAUUUGUUUUUUCGUUCUCUCUCUCUCUCAUUUUCGUCUUCUUUCUUCGAUCCGAACUUUCCUCUCCUGCCGAUCCAAAGUUCCUUCAGGCAUCAAAAAGGACCCCCCCGAUCAAAUUUAUCUUUUCUGGUUUCGCUAUGGCAUCGAAGCGGAUCUUGAAGGAAUUGAAGGAUUUACAAAAGGAUCCUCCAACAUCUUGCAGUGCUGGUCCUGUUGCUGAAGACAUGUUUCAUUGGCAGGCAACUAUCAUGGGUCCACCAGACAGUCCGUAUGCUGGGGGUGUUUUCCAAGUGACCAUUCAUUUUCCUCCAGACUAUCCUUUUAAGCCACCCAAGGUGGCAUUUAGAACCAAGGUAUUCCACCCUAAUAUUAACAGCAAUGGAAGCAUUUGCCUAGACAUCUUGAAAGAGCAGUGGAGUCCUGCAUUAACUAUUUCCAAGGUAUUGCUAUCAAUAUGUUCAUUGCUGACCGAUCCAAAUCCGGAUGAUCCUUUGGUGCCGGAGAUUGCACACAUGUACAAGACAGACAGGAACAAGUACGAGACAACUGCAAGGAGUUGGACCCAGAAGUAUGCCAUGGGCUAGGGAGGCUCAAUGUUUCUUUCUUUUUUGUUUUGUUUUGUUUUUUAAAUUUAGUUUUAUGUAUGAAAGGUUUGUUCUGUCUCUUCAAUGCCUAAAAUGGGGGAGUUUAACGAUGCCAUCAACAUUCCCUUUUUUAAAAGAAGAGACAUCAAAUGUUGCUUCCUUUUGUUGUAUGGAUAAAUGUAACUUUUGGGACAAGAAAAUAGACGCUUUUGAUUUUUUUUUUUAAA